UUUGUUUUCACUUCCAAAAUAAACACACAGAAAAUAUGUCAACCAAAGAAGAAGCGGCGGUGAUCAUCGUCGGCGCCGGUCCGGCGGGCCUCGCCACCUCUGCAUGUCUAAACCGCCUCUCCAUCCCAAACAUUCUCCUCGAGAAAGAAGACUGCUACGCUUCCAUGUGGAAGAAAUACGCAUACGACCGCCUCCAUCUUCACCUCGCUAAGCACUUCUGUGAGCUUCCCCACUUCCAUUUUCCGGCGACUGCUCCGACCUAUGUUCCCAGAGAACAGUUCAUAAACUACUUGGACCAGUACGUCUCCAAUUUCAACAUCAUCCCUCGGUGCAAAAGGGCGGUCGAAUCCGCGGGAUAUGAUGAGGGUACUGGAAAGUGGAACGUGACGGCGAGAAUGGCGGAUUCCGGAGAGGUGGAGGAAUAUUCCGGCAAGUUCCUGGUGGUGGCCACCGGCGAAGCAAGCAUCCCUUUUAUCCCUGAGGUAAAGGGUGUUGAGAGAUUCGCGGGAGAGAUCAUUCACUCUACGCAGUAUAAGAACGGCGAGAAGUAUAGAAACAAAAGAGUUUUGGUGGUGGGUUGUGGGAAUUCCGGCAUGGAAAUUGCUCUUGAUCUCAGCAAUUACGGUGCUAAAACCUCCAUCGUCGUCCGUAGCCCGUUUCACAUUAUAACAAGAGAAAUUGGAUACUUGGCGGUAACGAUGUCGAAGUAUCACAUGCCGUAUUGGAUAGUUAACUCGGUCAUGUUGAUGCUUAGCAAGCUUGUAUAUGGAGACAUCGCCAAAUAUUAUGGGGUGAAAAGGACAAAAGAGCCUCCCUUUACAGCCCAAGUCAAGGACGGAAAAUACCCCAUCUUCGACGUCGGAACCCAUGCUAAGGUCAAGUCCGGUCAGAUUCAGGUGUUGCCUGCGAUGGAAUCCAUCAACGGUUACGAUGUUAUAUUUCGGAAUGGCAUCUCACAUCCCUUUGAUGCUAUUGUUUUUGCUACUGGCUUCAAAAGAUCCACCAACAAAUGGCUUCAGGGCGAUGAGUAUCUAUUAAAUGAGGAUGGGCUUCCAAAUCCAGAAUUCCCUAUGCACUGGAAGGGCAAGAAUGGGUUGUAUUGCGCGGGGCUAGCUAGGAGAGGACUGUAUGGGAUUUCUUUCGAUUCCCAAAGCAUAGCCAGUGACAUCAAAACCCUGCUGUAAUAAUAAUAAUAUUCUCUUAGCUUUUUCCUUCGUUUUUGUGAUCAAAAUUAUUAUUAUUAUUAUAUGAUAUGUAAUAAAACCUAAUGUUGAUGGCAAGCCAACCAGGCACCAGCUCGCUUGCAGCGCAUGCUCUUGUUUGGCUUGCUGAAUAUGUAUGCACCUUUUUAGUUUGUGUAGUUUUAUUUUGAAUAAAAGACAUGGUUUACUUAUGUUAUG